AUGUCAAAAUACACGAAGAAGUAUCAUCCUUCAAAACCAAGAGAAGUCUUCAACAACGCAAAAACACCAACUAAACCCCGCGAAACAUUCACAAGAAGACCACUGAAAAUGAAAUCCACUGAAAUUAAGUAUGGGAGACUCUCCAGUAUUUUGAAUGAUAAACCUCCUUUACAACAACAAAAGACUGAGGACGGAUUUGUUAUACCAAGCAUGAGAACUAAACUUGGAGAGAGAAUUUUCCUCUUUCAUAACGAGUCCUUUGACGACCCAGACCCAUGGGAAGUCGACGAAAAUAUUAAUAAAACAUUACCUCUUCCAAACAACAGAUUUAUAUAUGAGAAUAAUGCAAUGGAGGAAGAUGACUGUGCGCCUAUCACAGAUGUGGGGGAUUUGAAUGAACUGUCACCACCUGAAGCAAGUACAAUUUUGGAGUUGUUGCCCAGUUUGAAUGCUGGAGAACUGGAAGCCCAACACUCGAUUGUACUGCCACAUGUCGAACAAGCACUUUACGCGCUUGGUCCAACCGAAACGAUACAUAACCAAACACAAAAAAUGGAAACAAUGGAGGAUGAUGACACUAGCAUGUUGAGUGUGGUACCAUUUGGAGACACAAGGAGCGACAGACUUGAUCGAUCGCAGAUAUCACAAUUCUCACAAAUUGGUGAGUACGAUAAAAAUGUACCAACCAACUUGUUCCAGUCCUUCCAACCACAGACCGAAGUCACAGAAACCGUACUGAGUCUGGUUCCGUUUGGCGAAGAACGCGCAAACUUUGUUAUUGAAAAUGAGACGUCGAAUAAAAUGGACAUUUUAGAUGAAGACAAACAGGUGAAGCAUCUGAAGGUAGAAAGUCCAAAAACAGAGGAAAGCGAGAAUAUCAAACAGAUUCAACACCUUUUACCUUCUAUAGGAAAAGAGGAAGUCCACAAUGUGAUGGAAAUGGAUGAAGAACACAAUAAAUGCAACGAGGUAAAAGAUGUAAAAAGUGUUGUCACUGAAGUUCCGAUAAAAAUGGAAUUGGAGACUCCAAUAGUGAAUGUGGAACCACCAAAACAUGAAGGUAGAGAAGAACACAACAUGGAUGUUGUUGUCAAUAGAAUGGAAGAGGAAACAGCUGUUGUGGAAAACAGCCGAAUGACUCCAAAUAUUCAACCACCAGAACCACCAACUUCCAUUGAAACAAAUCGCCAAAUAUCAAAAAUGGAAAUCGAACCGUCGUAUAAAUACAACGAUGGUCAAAGUGAUAUUCCAAAAAUUGCGAAUUUGUUUACAUAUUACCCACAAGACUAUGUAAAAAAUAUUGUUGAGUAUGAAGAGGAGGGAUUUAUGUUUACAAAAUGUGAAAUGAACUUCAGUCCAAUUCCACAACAAGAAAGAUAUGUACACCAGCCAAACAGAUUUUUACACGACAGAGAGAAAGUCGGAGUUGAGUUUCCUAUUAUCCCUCCUCGCGUUGAGACUCCAAAACUUAUUGAGGAAGAAGUGCAACUAAACAAGAUUCAGCCUCCACGAAUAACCGAGACAUAUUACAAAACUAAGGAAAUGUGCAGCUUUCCAGAACAUCUCUGUGUUGUCCCCAUCCAAAAACAGUUACAUUGGAGCGCACUCAAUAACCCAACAUGGAAGAGAGUCGAACGUAUUGAGUACGGGCAUUUACCUCUCAGUGCAUUGCCGCGAAUAGUGUUGGAGGAUCAAGAGAAAUAUGAAGAGGAUUUUGUCGCAAAGGUCAACUCUGUGAUGAAAUUUGUUUAUUGA